CACUGAGUGGCGCAAGAGUUCCUUUUUUGGAACUUGGAAGUGGAAAGGAAGAUCCGGGUCGUAGAGGAAAGGUGAAAAUCGUGAAACACAUGCAAUAGAAAAAUUGUAAGCAUGGACGUGAAAGAAGUAGAGGUAGACUUUGGUACUCAAGAACACGUCAAAAAACUAAAAAAGAAGGGGAAAAAACAGAAGCCGAAAAAGGGAAAGAAACCACAUAAAGAAAAUGGAGAAACGAAUGAAGAAGCGGAGAAGGCAAAGACCGACGAGAAACCGCCGGAGAUGCAUUUUCCACCAACAUUCAGCGUGUCAGAGAUCAAAAAUAAACAACGAAGGCAUUUCAUGUUUUUGAAAUUUAAACAGGAGAAACGAAAGGAAAAGUUAGCAUUGAAGAAGAAAAGGAAAAAGGAAAGACAAGCACUGGGAGACAAGGCACCCCCAAAAGAAGUUCCAAAGACCAUUGAAAACCAGAGGGUUUAUGAUGAGACGACUGUAGACCCCCAGGAUGAAGAGAUUGUUUUUGAUGAAGGAACAGAUGAAUUCUCUGCCUACUUCAACCGACUGACAAAUCCGAAGAUCCUUAUUACAACAUCAGACAGACCCAGAGGGAGAACUGUAAGAUUCUGUGAGCAGCUUGCUACUGUAAUCCCAGACUCCCAUGUGUACUACAGAAGAGGCUUGGCACUGAAGAGAGUCAUCCCACAGUGUAUAGCCAGAGGUUUUACGUAUCUCAUGGUUAUUAAUGAGGACCGGAAAAUAUCAAAUGGGCUUAUCCUUAGCCAUCUACCUGAUGGGCCAACUGCUCACUUUAAAGUGAGUAGUGUUCGUCUUCGCAAGGAAAUGAAGCGAAAAGGCAAGGAACCCACAGAGCAUGUGCCUGAGGUGAUCCUCAAUAACUUCACUACACGUCUGGGCCAUUCCAUCGGAAGAAUGUUUGCUUCCCUCUUCCCUCAUGACCCCAAUUUUGUUGGACGGCAGGUAGCAACAUUCCACAACCAAAGAGAUUACAUCUUUUUUAGAUACCACAGAUACAUCUUUAAGAAUGAAAAGAGAGUGGGAAUUCAGGAGCUGGGGCCGCGAUUCACCUUGAAGCUCCGAUCUCUUCAGAAAGGAACCUUUGACUCUAAAUUUGGGGUGUAUGAAUGGGUUCAUAAGCGCCAUGAGAUGGACAGCUGCAGAAGAAAAUUCCACUUAUAAAAAAGAAAGUGGAAACACACAAAGAACCCAACUGGCUACAACUUGACAAUAAAGCAACUACAGCUUUCUUCCUAGUUUUUUAAUUGUGUACAUGUACCUUGUUAUCCAGACCUGUAACAAUGCUCACAUUAGGAUAUGAACCUAUGCCCUUGUUCAUGUUAUCUCAUCAGUUGCUUGACUCUUACCUGUGUGGAUUUAACAAAAACUUAAACAUGGGGUUUGAGUAGUUGCUGAUCCCACACAACCACAUACUUCUUUCCUUUCCCUAUUGUGACCAGCCCAUGCUGAUGUGAGCGAACAUGGACACAUUAGUGUGUAGCAACAGUGAUUUUGCAGUUGGAAAUAAAUAACAUGUGGUGUAUGAACAGA